UUUGGAAAAGGCAAAAGAAGAAGGGGGUGAACGAUGGGAGAGCAAAUAAGCACAGAAUUUAUUGAGCAGAAGCUGAAGAAAGAGCUCGAUGCUACACAUUUGGACAUAGAGGAUGUAUCUGGUGGAUGUGGCGCUAAAUUCCAAGCAUUAAUAGUCUCUCCAAAGUUUGAAGGGAAACCUCUCUUACAACGACAUAGGAUGGUGAAUACAGCUCUGCAGGAGGAGUUAAAAACCAUUCAUGCUUUCCAGAUGAAGACAUUAACACCAGAGCAGUGGGAGAAGCAGAACAGCUGAUGAUAGGACACUGUGAUGAUAGUCAUAUGACACCAGAGCAGUGGGAGAAGCAGAACAACUGAUGAUAGGACACAGUGAUGAUAGUCAUGACACCAGAGCAGUGGGAGAAGUAGCAGCUGAUGAUAGGACACUGUGAUGAUAGUCAUGACACCAGAGCAGUGGGAGAAGCAGAACAGCUGAUGAUAGGACACUGUGAUGAUAGUCAUAUGACACCAGAGCAGUGGGAGAAGCAGAACAGCUGAUGA